UUUAUUAUCCCCGACAGGUAACAUUUGACAUUUAUUGACAUAUUUUCGCAAAAUUCUCGUAAAAAUGCCCUCAAACAUCGACGAGGAUAAUUUACUAAGAGAAUGCCACUGUGGCGACAUAGUCGAGGACGAAGAAAAGACUUUCGUCUACGUAGAAGGGACUCAAAAUGAUAAAACGUUCUCGGAGGACGAUUCCGAUCUUAGGGACACCGUGUGGUACAACAUGAAACCGCCCAAGUUAUUUUUUGCCGAUUAUUCUCCUGCUGUUACUGCCAGACAGGUUCAGAUUAAAAGGAUUCAGCUGCAAGGUAAGCGUAAGUUGGCGGGUGAAGACGAAACUGCCACUAAAAAGGAGAAAAUUAACGUGAGCAUCCAAAAGAAGAAGGUUGCCGUUAAAUAUUUGUCCGAUACUUCUUUGGAAAGCAUGGUAUAGUUAAUUAAAGACUAUUUAGCAGA